CGACGCAAUACUUUUGCCGGGUGAUUUUUCGAGGCGCACCUUACGUCUCAUAACACUACCAUAUUUGAACUUUUUCCUAAAAACUUUACCAGCAUUUUGGGAUUCUGUGGUUUCACUCCAAAGGCUUUAAGAACCAACAUUUUACAUUUCAGUGAAGAAGUGACGUAGAAGAGCAUUUUCUGAAACAAAAGUCUUAUUCAACUCCUCCAACUGAAACCCUUGCCUCUCUGUUCCGAAUUACCUGCCAUUUCUUUUGGAGAGAGAGAGGAGGUGUGAUUUUCAUUAGAAGACUGAUUCGGGAGUUGCAGAAUUGGCUCUUAAGAUCCAGAUUCUCAGGGGAACCCUUGACUAUUUAUCACCGCAACUAGGCGUCGUUGCGGCAUGUCGCUUUGAGGGAAUUCCCCUAGCCAAUUGUUGCUUAUUUCUUAUCGCACCCGGAUGCCAGGACAUUACUUCGCUUAGAGGGGACAACCUAGCUUGAGCAUAUAACAUAGGAUCAUGAUUCAUGAAAUAGAUGCGGCAAAAGUUUUAUGCUGGCUGCCAAUCUAGUACAACCCUCCUCCUUUCUCCAGGCUUGGGAUUGACAUGAUCGGCUGGAGACCAGCCAUGGUGGAGUUGCAAGGUGAUGUACUGAUAUGCUCAAUUCUAUGAUUUGAGUGCAUGGGUUGUUGCCUAUUGAUGGUCCCCUUUUUUGUCCAAAUUUUGAAGACACAAAUAUUGUUAUGGAUGGACAGUAGGUAUUAAGGAAAUGCCACCCAAGGUUCUUCAGGGCUUUUCCUUUACAAGAAGGGGAGUAUCGCUUGGCCAUGAUGACCAGUCCCCUGGUGGUUCUAGUGGUGAACUUGGUCCUUUCUUGAAGCUAAGUAUUGAAAAAGAAAUAUAUAGGCCUGGUGAUCUGAUAAUUGCAACCAUCGAAAUUCAAAACCCAGACAUUGCAGCUGAGAACAUAAUAGAACAACAUGUAGCUAAUCAUGCUCAUCCAAUUUUGGUUGAAAAUCUUGCGAUCGAGAUCAAAGGAAUUGAGAAGUUGGAUAGCCAAUGGUUUACUACCCAGAAACCACUACCAGGGUCGAAGCAAAGGCGAGGCGAGCAGGUUUUUCUAGAUUCCACUACAGCAACCGUGGUAUCAAAAGUGAUACUUCCAUCUGGAAGCACAAAGAAAUAUAUGAUUCGUUCAGAGCUUCCAAAGGUGCUUCCCCCAUCAUACAGGGGUACUGCCAUUCGCUACUUGUACUACAUAAAAAGUACUCUUAGCUGUCGGCGGUUGGUGUACAAUAAUGGUCACUCCAGUAGUGAGUUUUCAAGGGAUUUGAUUCAAUUGGAAGCUCGUACUCCAGUGCAUAUUUGGAUCAUGGCGAACACUGGGGGUUUGUUUAUUGAAGAGGACCAAAAUGAUGGUAUUUUACCUGCUCCUCCCUUUAUGUUGGAUGUACACUGGAAAGAGAAGGAUGCAGACUCAGAAUGGGAUAGAGCGAACGAGUCAUCUCAUGGGAUUGAAGAUGGUUAUGAUAGUUCAAGAGAUGAAAUUUCAUCUGUAGCUUCCUAUAGCCACACUAAAGGAAAUCUAGAGUAUGUCUUCCAGAACUCUUUGUCUUUGCAAUCAUCUGCACCAGCUAUGAACAGUUGGGUUAAGGCAAGCCCUUAUCACCAAGGAGAACGUUCCAGUUUUCGUUCAUUUAAGAUGCCCACUCAACUGGCUACUUCAGAAGUCUUGUAUGAGCCGAAUGGGAAUGUACCAUCUCCCUGUGGGAUUUCCAUGGAAAGAAACUAUUCCUUAAAGAAGAUGGGAUCUUAUCCUCCUUCGACCAUCCUUUCUCCAAGUCAACAGAGAAAGUAUCCAAGUGCUUCUUUCACUGAUGAUGAGAUGGGAGCAUUCUCUACACCUGGCAAUGUUGAACCUGUAGCAUCAGAAGGCUACAUUCGAGGAAGGUCUUACAAUAUCAGGAUGGAUGACCAAGUUUUACUUAGAUUUUCUCCUAAAAACUCUGAUUCGACUUAUUAUUUUGGCGACAUGAUUGGUGGCACUCUUACUUUUGCCCAUGAAGAAGGGUCGAGACGAUGCCUUGAGGUCUCUAUCACCUUGGAGACUUCAGAAUCUAUCAGUCAGCCAUUUGUUCAUCCUUCACGUAGAAGCUCCCCUACAAUUACAAAGAUCCAGUGGGACCACCAUGAAGUUGUUGCUGACCUGCUGCAGACAAGCUUCCUCUUCUCAAUACCAAUGGAUGGACCCAUGUCUUUUUCCACACCUCGUGUUUCUGUACAGUGGGCCCUCCACUUUGAAUUCUUUACCACCCCAAAGGACAUAGACUGGACUAGGUAUGACCAUCCUCUUCUCAUUGAGAGGAGAGAGAAAGGAGAGUGGGUUCUUCCAAUAACUGUGCACGCUCCUCCACCUCAAACUCAAUCUGCUCAAACGAGGAGAGAGAGGCCCUCAUCACCAACCUCUUCCUGGCUACGCUCUUAAGGUUAGUGAACACAGAUACAGCGGGUUCAUUUGUUUUAGCUAUUAUUUCUCUCUCUCUCUGUUUUCUUUUCUUUUCCUUUUUGAUGCUUCCAUGUUGCAUUAUUCCAUAGUUCAUUUUUUUUAUUUUUACUUUUGGUUAAAUGAGUUGGUGGAUAUCUGAGUUGAGGAACUAGUGAUUUGACUAGAUAAAUGUAAUUGUUAUUUUCAUGAGUUAAGAUUUUUGUCGAUUGAAAUU